AUGAAUUAAUAAAAUGAGUUGGAAUUGUAAAAUAUUCCAUAAAAUGAUCAGCCUGAGUAGACAAUGAUGAUGAGUAAUAAUGAAGAUAAUCCAUAGAGCGAGUACAAUUUUUCAUCUGGAUCUGGUCAAAAUGGCUCUCAAUAUUACAAUAAGAAAUACAAAUUGCUUGACAUGUUCUUACUGAAAGACAAUAAUGGAUAAAAGAGUAUUAAUCGUGUCUGUUGCAUCAGAAUAAAAAAGAAUUGGACUAUCAGAAGAUAAAUGAUUGUUUCUUUGAUGGUUCUCUCUUGUUCAGUCUUCCUACUUGUUAUCCUCAUCGUUAUUGGUAAUCUCUUCCUCACUAGAUAUCUGAUUAGAAAGUCCUCUGAAGAUGCUAUUCAUCAACAAAUUUAAGAAAAUUUACGUAAUAGCGCUAAAGAAUACUCGAAUGCAAUUUUAGAAAUAUUCCAUGGUUCGUCUUCGAAACUAGAAAUUCUGACGAGAAUUGUACUGUCGGCGAUGAAAGAAGAUAAUUAAAUAUUUGACUUUGACUAUGUAAAAGAAUUUCCGAUUAUAGGGCAGGGGAAUUAUAUAGGGCUUGAUGGGUUUUAAGAUUCUUAGUUAGGUGAUAUUGAUAGUUCAUAAGCAGCGCAGCAAGAUUAUCAAAAUUAUAAUAUUACUUUUAAAUAUUGGCAGUGGGGAUCAUACAAUUAAAAUAAAAAAUUAAACACAGUGAACAAACUCUCAAAAGAUUCUCAGAAAAUUUUAGGAGCUUGUGAUGUAUUGAACUAUUUUUUAGAAGACUUCUUUUUCGAUAAAAAUGUGACCUAUAUUCAUUACAUUUACAUGGUUUUUGCUAAUUAUGACAAUACUGGGUAGAACUAGCUCCCAUCAGAUUAACAAGAACUUGUUUCUAUUUGGUAUCCAGGUGGUAUUAAUACUUAAUUAUAUCCAUAGUCAUAUUACUCAACUCCAAACGACCCAAGAGCUUAUGAUCCAACCUAGUCUACUUGGUAUAAGCAGACUCUAGCUAAUUUUAAAAAUCAAACACAAUAGCAACUACAAAAUCAAACUUCACAGAUGGUUCUUACAGGACCUUAUCUGGAUGCAGCAACUAAAAUGAAAACCUUAACAAUCAGUAAGGCUAUUGUUAAUCAAUAUAACUAAUUCAGAGGAGUUGCAUCGAUUGAUAUGCUGGUAAACGAUUUAUAAGUAAUUAUAGAUAGAGUUAGAUUUUAUGAUACUGGUUUUUUGAUGCUUGUCAAUUAAGCAAAUGGAUAGAUUCUGAACGACCCUUAUAACAGCUCUGAUAUAUACUAUAUUUAUGAUACUAGUUUGACUAAGUUUACCAAGGACUAGUGGACCAAUAUUAUCAGUAACAAUGUAGACUACUCUGAAGACGAAAUCAUUGACUUUUAUAACUCAGAUGGUGUGGAAAUUUUACUGAUGAGAAACUUUAUUGAAAAUUAAAUAAGUGGAGAAAACUACAUUUUGAUCGUGUAGGUCCCAGAAAGAGAAGCAUAUCACUUCCUUUACGACCUUUCCGAUAAAAUGUUUUAGACUUUUUAGACAAUUCAAAUUAUUACCAUUUGUACUAUAUUGUUUACAUGCUCAAUUGCUAUAAUGUGCGGAUGCUGCUAUUCAAACAGAAUUGUUUAGCCUCUUACAAAGCUCACUGAGUAUGCAAAAAGCAUUAACUCAAACGCUACUAAAAAGUCAUUGACUUAAGACAUAAAGAUUGAUUUGGAUAAUAUAAAGGCUAGUGAUAAAAUAGGUGAAUUGAUAGAAGCAUUUAAGAAUCUAGUCAAGGGACUUUCUGGUUUGAAGAAAGGAGCUAGAACAGAAAUGGCAGCAGGUAAUGAAAAGAUUAAUUUCCCAAUAAACUUCUAUUAUGGUACUAAGAUGAAAUGGAGACAUUUGCUAGAAUAAUUAAAGAAUCACGAAGAAAAGAAAAAUUAGGGAGCAAACGGUGAGCAAAAUGACACAGCUAAUCCCAACACUGCUAAUGGAAACGCAAAUAAUACUAAUGUUACAGGAAAUGGAAAGGUAGAAAAUGAAAAAGAGGUAGUAAAUAGAGUUGGGCAAGAACAACUAUUUACUAACCAGCCUUAAGAUUUCAGAGAUAUUUCUACUAAUAUGAGAAAUAACAACUCAAAUAUCAUCGGUGCUAAUAGUAAUGACAUAAAAGUAGACAAUAUAUUACUUAAUUUCUAGGAUGAUUAAAAAAUUAAGAAUGGUCAUCUUAAUAAUAUUGAAUAAAUCGAUGAUGAAUACGAUUAAUAGAUCUUUAGCAACAAAAAAGAGAAAUCUGAUUGA